GCGCGCGCGCGCACAGGCAGCCCCCUCGGCCGGACUGGGCGGCCAGCUCGCGGCGGGAGCUGCACCUGACGGCAGCGCUGCGAGGAGAGGAGGCAGAGGCGCCGGACGGAGCCGGGCUGGGCUGAGGGGAGACAAAAGAAGAGGAGCCACGAAGCCUCCAACACGAGGCAGCCGCUUCUCCGGGCAGCCUCAGACGGACGCCCCGCCACCCCUCGCUGCUGGCGGACACUUGCUGCUGCUUGCGAAGGAAGAGGAGGAGGAGUCGGCCCCUCGCUUCAUGGCUGAGCAGUACUGAGGCGGCGGCAGCGGCGGCGGCUGGAGCUGGAGCCCCGAGGAGCAGCGCUCAAGCCCGUCGCGCAGCCUCUCCCGCGGCUGCUGCUCCUGGAUCUCCCGCGGGAUUCUCGCCUGGGCUGCCGGGCGGCGCACGAUGCGCCCUGCUGCUCGCUUCUGAACGCCCGCCCCGCCGCGAUGAUCUCCCCGGAGCAGCAGCAGCAGCAGCCCAACCAUGUCGUGGCCACCAUCGAGAACCUGCCGCCCGAGGGCAGCGGCAGCAGCAGGAGCAGCAUCUCCGCCCCCUCGGCUUCCAGCGUGCGCCAGAGGAUCCGGAAAGUGUUUAACAGGGAGCUCCUGUUGUCUAUAGCUCUUGGGCAGGUUCUGUCCCUGCUUAUCUGCGGUAUUAGCCUGACCAGCAAGUAUUUGUCAGAUGAUUUUCAUGCCAACACUCCAGUCUUUCAGAGUUUCCUGAACUACAUUCUCCUAUUUUUGGUCUAUACCACAACAUUAGCUGUAAGACAAGGAGAAGAAAACUUGCUGGCAAUCUUGAAACGAAGAUGGUGGAAGUACAUGAUCCUGGGGAUAAUAGAUAUAGAAGCAAAUUACCUGGUAGUUAAAGCUUAUCAGUAUACCACUUUUACUAGUGUACAGCUCCUAGAUUGUUUUGUGAUUCCAGUUGUGAUAUUAUUAUCUUGGUUCUUCCUGCUGGUUCGGUACAAGGCAGUGCACUUCAUUGGCAUUGUGGUCUGCAUUCUGGGGAUGGGCUGCAUGGCAGGAGCCGAUGUCCUUGUUGGAAGGCAGCAAGGGGCAGGAGAAAAUAAACUUAUAGGGGACCUUCUAGUACUAGGUGGAGCCACUCUCUACGGCAUCUCCAAUGUUUGUGAAGAGUACAUUGUACGGAACCUGAGUCGGGUGGAGUUCCUGGGCAUGAUUGGACUCUUCGGUUCCUUCUUCAGUGGAAUUCAGCUUGCCAUAAUGGAACACAAGGAGUUGUUAAAAGUUCCCUGGGAUUGGCAAAUAGGAUUGCUCUACGUUGGCUUUAGUGCUUGCAUGUUUGGCCUCUACAGCUUCAUGCCGGUGGUCAUUAAGAAGACAAGCGCUACAGCAGUCAACCUCUCCCUGCUUACAGCAGACUUGUACAGCCUUUUCUGUGGAUUCUUUCUCUUCUACUACAAGUUUUCAGGACUAUAUCUUCUGUCGUUCUUCACAAUCCUUGUGGGGCUGGUGCUGUACUCCUCAACGUCCACAUACGUUGCCCAAGACCCACGGGUGUACAAGCAGUUUCGAAACCCUUCGGGUCCUGUUGUAGACUUGCCAGCCUCUGGGCAGCUGGAACCUUCAGUAACAUACACCAGCCUAGGCCAGGAAACGGAAGAAGAACCUCACGUCCGAGUCGCCUAAUCUCAGGCCCUUGCCACCCUCAGUGGAGUUUGUAUCUCCAUUAUCUCUGUAUCAUUCAUAGAGAAAGGUAUUUACCGGAUGCAGUUACUCAGGUGGGCUGCAAGGUAGCAAAUAGGGAAGGCUUAUUAAAAAUACAAACUAUAUUGUUUCUACGUGUGUAUAGCCAAGAGUAGUAACUCUCAGUCUUUUUCGUAGGGCAGUGCUUUUCAAGCCGGGGGCUCCUCACAUACUUAUCAGGGUUCCUUAAUGAAAAGUUCAAAAAUGGUGGGCAACUUUCCCGCAGGAGGGCUUGCCUACUGCUAAGUUACCCUUGGGGUGUUUACAGCAGGUAUGUUCAAGGGUGCACACUCAGGUCAUGGAUAGCAACAGGGAGGUCUGAUUGGCCUGGCCAGUGCCAUACCUGAACUGAGUAUCCACUGUAGAACAUCCCCCCAGAAUUUGAUGCAAUGUGUUGGAGCUUCCUGGUAAGGGGUCCUUCAGCAGAUGAGCUGAUGUGAAAAGUAGGGUGGGGUAGGAAUUAAAAGCAGGGUGCACUGCUCAAAUUCUGGAUUGCCUCCUGUGAACAGACCCUCUACCUCAAUUCUGCCAGUACUCCUGGUGUGCCCACCUCCCAACUCUUCCCCAGGGCAAAAUACAGACAAACAAAAACUCUCCCUUGAGGAAGAAGGUGUGAUUAGAAGGUACCAGUGGCGCGUGUUCCCGCCAACAUGCAGAGCACUUGACUACAAAAUCCCAGGAUCCUUAGCAGAAAAUGUUCCUCUGCACAUCACCUCCUCCCAAGGGGUAAAGUUCUCACCAGGAAUCCUGGGUGUUGUAAACAAGUCCCAGGUCUCUGGAAAGAAAAGGCCUUGUUUUGUGUAUAAAUGGGAACUCCCACCAUUUUCCUAGUUCCUCUUUCUUUCUCAGAGUGGGAGCAAGGGUUGCCUUGGGGAAGAGGUGCAGGUGACAGGUGCUCUGUAGGGCUUUUUUUUGGGGGGG